AUGAGGCACGGUGACGCGGACAUCUUGCAGCUCUUGGAGGAGUCAGUUCCUCGGGCGGACAUCUCAAAGGUGUCAAUCUUUGCCCAGCCACUGGCAAAGUACAACCAGGAGGCCACGAUGGAUUUCAAAUACCUGAACGACCGGUAUCAACGUGGCAAGUCCUCCAUUGUGGCCCACAUGGAUGAGAAGAUGAUGUUUGCUCGGUGCUCGUCCUUGGUGCUUGCACAUGCCCAGAUUGUGCAAGCUCAAGGAGCCCUUUCCAUCGAUGAAUCGGUGACACUUGCCCAGGGAAUCUCCAGUGGCAAUGCCAACACUGUCUCUUUUUGGUCCAUGGAUGUCUAUGAGAUUGCUGUCAACUUCCAAGAUGCUGCGCACCAGGGCUUGGCUGGUGUCUCUGGGCAUUCGAACGCGGCAUUCGCCAAGUCUCGGGCACUCCUUGGCUCGAUUGCAUCCGUCCCCAGGGCAAGGGUGCAGGAUCUUCAAAACCCUGACCCUGACAAAGCCUUGGUUCAACAGCGCGGGGUGGAAGCCACAAAGUUCAUACUGAUGCAGUUGCUGGAUGGCAUGAACAUUCAGGCAGCUUGGGAGCUUCAACGGGACUACCUUCUGAAGGAAGAUGGUGCGAUGCAGUGGGAUGUCAGAACCCUGUCCUUGUACCAUGACAAUGACUUGCCUACUUUGGAGUGCCUGACCGUCUCCGAUGGUGAUGUGAAGAUCCCUGACAUGAUCCAGCAGAAGUACCAGUCGACCCAUGUGGAUUCCCUGAAGCUGAUCACCGACAAGAUCAACCAGGAGACUGCGAUCAAAAGCGCGAUCAAGAACCACCAGGGAGCUGCGUCCUUGGCAAGCGGCGGGGGCACCAUGCAGAGGACUUUGGCAUCUCCAGACUGGGAUGGGAACCCGCCCUUGAAUUGGAGGAAAUCAGUUUUACUGUCUUCGGUUUCCAUGGCUGAUUUCGAUGCGGGCAACACGUUGGAAGCCUCCGCCAAUGUGGCAAGGGAUCCCAAUGUGCAAGUGGUGCUGACAAGUGUGGGGGGCUUGUGGUUGCUGAACCGUACCACCAGCAAGAUCGAUCUGCCUCCUGGUGAAUUGUUUGGGUUCAACACUGGAACCUUCAUCGAAGUUUUGAACACGCUCGCUGAUGUGAUGUGCGAAGUCACCAAACAGCGUGGAGUAACAGAAGUGCGAAUGAUCGAUCAUUCCCUUCAAGCGAAGCUGAAGGUUGGCCCAGACGGAGGCCAAAUUCCUCUGUCCUACCGUUACCGGGUGGGACCUGAAACCAAAGUGAACGCUUUUAAGCCAAAAGAUAUCCUGGACACAGAGGACCGGAUGAGCCUGAGAUCCGCUAUGUUUGGAGCUGUUUGGAAUGGAAGGAUGAGCCAGCUUCCCAAAACGGCCCACGCCGAUAUAAUUUGGGAGGCAAGGGGGAUCUUUGGAGGUCAAAUAGAUGGGUUUCCCACAAGAAGGCCCCCCUAA